UUCUUUCCUCUUUUUCUCUUUGAUCAAACCCUUCAAACAGUCAAUUACAACCAUUUCAAACCAUUGCACAAGCUUAAAUUCAUCCAUUUCCUUUUGAAACCCUCACCUAAUUUGAGAUUUGAGAAGAAAUGAUCUCCCAGGGAGAAGGAGAACGUGAAAGUGAACUAAUAUUAGAUAAGGAGCAAAACAGAUUUUUGAUCAACAACGAUAACAAAGAAGAAACUGAAGAUCUUAAUACAGGAGAGUGGCUGAACCUGAGCCUAGGUAGGAAUUUGCUCUCAACAGAGGGAGACACAGACUCACAGUCAAGACCAGCUUCUGGCAAGGUGUUUUCCUGUAACUUCUGCAUGAGGAAGUUCUUCAGCUCGCAGGCAUUAGGGGGUCACCAGAACGCCCACAAGAGAGAAAGAGGUGCAGCCAGAAGAUACCAGUCUCAAAGAAUGAUGUCAAUGAUGGGAUUUCCGUUCACUACUUCUACGGUUAGAUCACUCAGCGUUCAGCCCCACUCACUUGUGCACAAGCCAAGCAGAGAUGAAACUUCACUUGUAGCAAGAUUCAAUGAUGCAAAUACAAGGUUUAGCAUGAGGCCUUUCACACUGGACGAUGUAAUGGAUUCUAUGUGGCCAGGCAGCUUCCGGUUGGAUUCACAAGUAUUAGAGCCACAAUCAGAGCCAUGCAAGCUUGACUUAAAUCUUCGGCUCUGAUCCAUCCAUCCUACUACCUUAGUUUGGAACUUUGUUUUAAGACUUUUCUUUUGGAAGAGGUCUCAAUUAUUUUCUACCAAGUACAGAACUAGCAUAGGUUAGAGGCCUACUUGGAGAGUCAUCCUCUGUUUAUCUACUCAAUGAAACUCGGAAAGAUACUGAGAAGUUCCUACUGUUUUAGGCAUGUUAUAAUAUUGAAGUUAUUUCCUAUUCCAUGAUGCAUGCAAUAAUCUCAAGUUGCA